AUGUCACGUCAUGCCGCUGUUACGGCGAAUUCCUUGGUGGCAGUUUUUGUAGCAUACUUUCAGGCUGACAAAUUAAUUUUAUUUUUCCUUUUCUCAUUACAGAAUAUCACCAAGACCCGAACCAUACGAUUUUGUUGCGCCGGCUACGAUGGCAAUUUAUCGAUAAAUGAUACGGUAUGUAAGCCGGUUUGUCGCAGUGGUUGUGGUCGUGGCUAUUGUCUGAAACCCGAUGUGUGUAGCUGUGAACCGGGUUAUAUGGGCAAACAUUGUACACAGCGUUGUGAUCACGACCACUGGGGCCUGGAGUGUAAAAAUGUGUGUCAGUGUCACAAUGGAGCCGCAUGUGAUAAUAAAUCGGGGACCUGUCACUGUACCAUGGGAUGGACGGGAGAAUUCUGCGAAAAACCCUGCCCCAAGGGCACCUAUGGUGUAAUGUGCCGCAAGGCUUGCGAGUGUGAAAAUAAAUUAUGCCAUCCUCAGACGGGGGCUUGCGAUCCACCCGCAAUCGAUCCCUCUUUGGCACCAAAUGCCACCCAUGUCAUGAUAGCCACCCUAAAUUCUACAAUUGUCAAUAUAACCCACAACUUGGAUCGCAUUGCUAAAAAUAUUGUCAAUAUUGCAACCAGUACAACGCCGGAACCCAUAAAUCUACCACCACAAAUAUUGGAGGUGACAACAGCUCCAGCCGCUAUUCCAGAGGUCAUUGUCAUAAAACAGGAGCCGGAAAUUCCGCAUACCCCCAAAAUCAUCGUACAUCAACAGGGCCAGGGUUUGUUGGAUAAUUUACAUGCCGCUGCCAAGACCCCAGAGGUUAUACAUGUCAUCACUGGGUGGCCAGGACAACAACAUAAUGUCACACAGGAGGAGAAACUAAAUUUAGCUGGAUUUGGUGGCCACCCGGCAACCAAAGAGGAAAGUCAAAAUUCUAAUGACACGCAUAAUUCCGAUCAUGAAAAUAGUUUGCUCACCACCCUUUUGGUUAUCCUGCUCAUUAUAAUGUUUGGUAUUGGAAUGGGUUUCCUUUAUGUCUACCGGCGUUAUCAUUUACAAAAGGCCCAGGUAGAGGCAGCAUUGGCGGCACGAAAUGUUAGUUUGCCAUCCCCCAAUCCCAAUUCGGCCAUUAUUAUUACCCCACCCACACCGGGUCUUCAACCCUAUACCAAUGAUCAGCUUAUGCAGGACUUAAACAGUGGUAAUCUACCGCCCGGAGGUAAUACCGGAACAAUGGGGAAAAGUUUUCUAAAACCCCUGCCGGAUUUGCCCGCCUUUACGCAGAUGGUACGCAAUAAAAUCGAGGAACCCGACUUGUAUGACUCACCCAGUAAUAGUUCCUCCAUAACCAUAUCCCCGGUACCCACAAUAAAUUCCUAUGCCUAUGCCCGCAAGGAGUCAUUGUAUUCGGUGGUAACACCCAAGUCCCGCAAGGGUAGCAUGGAUUCACAUCUUUACGAUGAGAUUCGAUAUCCCACGGCCAUGCAGCAUCAUCAACACCAUCAGCAUCAUGCACACACCAAGCCUCAGCAUCAUUCCACCCAACAUAAUGUUUAUAUACCACAGCAUCAGCAUACGCAACAUCAUCAUAGUCAACAGCAGUCGCAACCGCAGCCUCAACAUCAGUCCAUGCAGCAACCAGUCGCCCAUCAGCAACAGUUACAACAUUUUGGCAACUUCAGUCAGCAGCAAGGACAUGCACAAUUUCAAACGGGGACCCACCACACGUCAGGACAUCAUCAACAGGUUGCAACAUCUCCCGAAGCCAUUAUGCGUGCCAUGAGAAUAUUGGAAAUUUAUUUGAUUUUCCUAAGCAUCUUGGGUUUUUGGAAUAUGUCUACCAAAUGCCAGGAGAUAUAUGGCGAUAUUUAUCCCAGUACCCGAGCAGAGCUAAAUUUAUAUUUUGAUAGCCAGCAGCGGGAAAAGAAGUGCUACAAAGAUGUACCAGCCUAUUUUUUCCAAACCCGAGAGCAUGAACCACUUCGUGGAAAUUCCUCCAUUGCUGGCCAUUUGAGUUUUGAAAUUUGCUGUGAAGGAUAUCGUAGAGAUCCCAAGGUGAGAAGUACUCUCAAGUGUAUCCCCGACUGCUCCAAAGUUUCGGCGGAUAAUUGCCGCAACGGUUUCUGCCGCUCUACCCACCAAUGCGAAUGCUUUGAGGGCUUUGUGAGAGAUUCUCGGGGAAAUUGUGUCCACAUUUGUCCGGUGGGUUGUUUGAAUGGUCGCUGCUUAUUAAAUGGUGAUUGCUUGUGUAAUCCUGGCUAUAGCCUAGAUCCGGAGACUAGGAAAUAUUGUCUACCAGAAUGUAGCCACAUACCAUGUGGACUGAAUCAGAUAUGUGUGGCCCCCGGGGAAUGUCGCUGCCAGAGGGGUUAUCAAUGGCUGGAGGGUUUGGGUUGCCAGCCAAUAUGUCAACCCCAUUGUGGUUAUGGUCGUUGUAUUGGACCACAGCAGUGUGAAUGUUUUCCCGGCUACAUUAAGAGGAAGGGGAGGGAAAUUUGUGAAUCGGAAUGUUAUGCAAAUUGUGAAAAUGGCUUUUGUGAAUCACCCUAUAAAUGCCAGUGCCACAUUGGUUUCGCUUAUGAUCCGCAAAGUCAAAAUUGCCUAGCCCAGUGUCCUGAGGCCUGUGAUCAUGGCGUGUGUAUAGCUCCGGGAAUCUGUAAAUGCUUUGAGGGUUAUUAUCUUUGGGAUAAUACCUUGGUUGUGGCCUUUAUGGUCAUUGCAUCGCACCGAAUGUGUGUGCCUGUGGCCCUGGACAUCAACAUUGUUUGGAUGGUGGUAGCUGUACACCACAGGGUCAUUGUAAAUGCCCUCAGG